AUUCCGGUAGUGGACAUAUUCACACUCGACACCGAAGUCUUGAUCUCACGCGAUGCAGACUGCCUGUCUCCCAGUGCAGCACUUGUUCGUGCCGGAUACCUGGGUCACGUGCCACAUGCACCGUCCCUUGCAUUUUCACUGCAUACGUUAGAAUACUUCCGACUGCUUCGUGCCCGCAAGCCCUCUUUUAGUAUUGAGGCAUUUGCAAAAGUGCUGUGUGAUUCAUACCGGAUACCUUAUCGGCGACGCUAUCGCACAUCCUUGUCGGGGGCGUUCGAUACCUACCUAGCCAUUCUCCGUGGUGUCGACAAGAAGAUCAAUGAAAUUCUCGGACGUGACACUCCCAACUGGCGCAUUCUCAAUGCCUGCCCCCCUUGCACUUAUGAAUUGGAGGAAGAACCUACUCUCACCUUUGGACGGAUGUAUGUCCUUGACGGUGGGAACUCGGCCAAACGGAUGGCAGAAGGUGCACGUAAUCGUGGUGACAUGCGGGAGUAUACUGAGAGUGAUUACUUACUUCCCCGCACAUAUGUUGACAAGUUUGCCAAUGAGGUGCAAUCGCGAAAUUCAGACGCCCUGGACUCGCUGGAAGCUAACGAUGAUGAUGAAGAUACUGAAGCAGACCCGACAAGACGCAACAUCGCAUCAGACUGCAGCAAGAACUGGAAGGCUGCUGCGAGCGAUGAAAAGAAGCGGAUGUGGAGUAUUUUCGACGAAACAGGUAUCUUUGUCUCCGCCUGUCGCCAUGGCCUUCUUUUGUGGGUAGCAGAUAUGGUUCGUAGCGGAGAACUGGCCAAGUACCCCCUCGCAAUUAUAUCUAAAGUUCUCGAACUCCUCGGCGAGCGCUCUCUCGCCGCCUACGACAUUGGCUGUGGGUUUGCUUCAACAAUCCGCUCCAGCAGCCUCGGGAAGGCAUUCGAGCAGCAAGGCUGCCGUAUCUGUGUCGAUGCGUUCCACGGAUAUGCGCAUAACUAUGCUUGCCAAACCAAGAAUCAUCCAAAUGGCAUUCAAGGCGCAGGCAUCGAGGACUUUGGAGCCAUUGAGCGCUUCUUCAGUGCAUCAAAUGCACUCGCUCCUGUCAUCCGCUAUGCGACUGCCUACCGUCGUUCCGUCUUCCUCGACCUUUUCUAUAAGCAGUGGGAUGACGAUAAAUAUCUUAACCUCGCCACGAUGAUCUAUCACAACUACAAGCAAUCUAUCAACAUUAUAGCGUCGGAAUCUCUUGCCCUCGACACUGCCAAAGUGUCGCUUGGAAUCCAGGACGGUGAUCUGGAGGCUUGGCGUCAAGAAGAGAUAGAGUAUAUUGCUUGUCUUGGCAAGGAGACUGAGUGGGACAUUCACGCUAUGACAUAUGUCGAGCUUCUUCAGAAGUUGAGGGACGCGCAGACCUGCGCCAGCGAUACUUCCUUGCAGUUUAUAUCUAUGGUGCCGUCUGAUUAUCAAUUCUUGCCCCCCUCACAGGACGUAUCCUAUUCCGCCAAUGUAUCAGCUACGAGAAAGCUUGAAACUCAUCGUACC